GGCCCCUGAAGGCAGCAGGGCAGCUCUGGCUAACUAACAGAUGAAACUGUCGUUCACAUAGAAGCGAUAAAUAUCUAAGAAGACUCGCAACUAAUGAGAAAAUAACCUCCACGGAUCGGCAGUACAUUUCAGAAAAAUGAUUCCAGAGCUGUCCAACCCCUCGGUGUGUAUGAGGGACCCUCAGAGGGUUCAAGAGAUCCUGCAGUCCAUGGUGAAGGCUGGUUCCAACACCCUGCAGGUCAUCUCAGAUUUUGACAUGACCCUCACAAGAUUUGCAUACAACGGAAAAAGAUGCCCCACCUGUCACAAUAUUCUUGACAACAGCCAACUCAUCACUGAUGACUGCAAAGAACAGCUGAAGGAGCUGCUUAACACGUACUACCCCAUAGAGAUCGACUCCACGCGGUCAGUAGAGGAGAAGCUGCCUCUGAUGGUGGAGUGGUGGACUAAAGCUCACGAACUUCUGGUCCAGCAGAAGAUCAAGAAGGACAUGCUGGCGUUGGCGGUGCGCGAGUCUGAGGCCAUGCUGAGGGAGGGCUACCAGCUCUUCUUCGAUCACCUGUACGAGCACAGCAUCCCGCUGCUCAUCUUCUCCGCCGGAAUCGGAGACAUCCUGGAGGAGGUGAUCCGCCAAGCCAACGUCUUCCACCCCAACGUCAAAGUCUUCUCCAACUACAUGGACUUCGACGAGACUGGGCUGCUGAAGGCGUUCAAGGGAGAGCUGAUUCACAUCUACAAUAAAAGAGAAGGUGCGCUGCUCAACACGGGGCACUUCCAGGAGCUGCGAACUCGACCCAAUGUUCUGCUGAUGGGAGACUCUCUGGGGGAUCUGACCAUGGCUGAUGGAGUUCAGGACAUGGAGAACAUCCUCAAGAUUGGGUACCUCAAUGACAAGGUGGCGGAGAGGAAGCAGUCAUACUUGGACUCAUAUGACAUUGUGCUGGUGGAGGAUGAAACCCUGGAAGUCCCCAACGCUGUGCUGCUGUACCUCACCGGGAAUAAGUGAACCGUCUGCUGGCCAUCGGACACUGCAGGGAGUCCCUGCUCAGAAAACUGCAUUCUUAUUGAAAACCAACUGAGAAUGUUAAACAAUCUUUUUUUUUUAUUUUACUAAAAGCUACACACACCUGAAUGAGUCCCGAGAGACUCUUGACAAGUCCAGCUCGCCGACACCACGUCACCCCUUUGUAUCUUUGUCCAAACUGCUUUUGGACCAUACUGUAUGUUUUGGCAGCCAAAUUUGCACCAUCGAGCUCUUGUGAAGUGUUUUUUUUUUUUUUUAAAGCUGUCUGGGGGAAACUGGUUUUGUCAGACAGGUCUGGUUUUCAUAUAGGAUGUAAUGAUAAAGGGAAAGACAAACGCACAACACAAAUGGCAGCACGUGACUGGUUGUGAAACAGCCUCCAACGAUACCUUCUACUGAAUUUUAACCAGAAAACGACAUGAAAUCAACACGUUUCAGCUGUUAUUUAACACCACAGUGCUACUACUACAACACUUAUUUUUAGGUAAACAGAUAUUAAAAAUAUUCAGAUGAGAGGUAACGAAGAGUAAGAAACUGCUACCUCAGAGGUGUGAUGGUUUUACCAAGAUCCCGUUACAGGAUUUAACUGUACAGUUUUGAGAGAAAAACAUAAAUAAAUCACUCAAACGUCUGUCACUUUAUGCACUGUAAGAGACUGGUGGCUAAAAACCUUUACAAUCUCACAAUAUUGACGACUGACACUGAUUCUUGAUAGUCUGUCAACUGCAGUCGAUUCUGAUUUUGUUAUUUGUCCAAACUCAUCAUUUCUUCAUAUGUUCCCAUUUGUCUGAAAUAAAACGCGUUUUCAUCCGUU